UGCAUUCAAAUCACACACUACUUUGCAACCCGCAGUGUUUUUAAAGAACCGGACGCCUCGGCAAACUCAGAAUUGCAGCAAGAAAAAGAGUGAUCGGUCUUGCGAUGAAUCCAAUUUCUAUCCGGGUCCUCCAUCUCCUUGCCCUUCUCAGCUUGCUCUGCCUAUCAUUGGGUCAUCCGCACCCGCUUGAUCCACUCACGCCCUCUGAAAUCUCCGCCAUCCGCAGCAUCAUCAAAUCCUCUCCGCUCGGCUCCUCCAUGAAUUCAAGCACGGGCUUCCACUACGUCGGUCUGGAAGAACCCGACAAAGCAACCUUCCUCUCAUGGAAGUCCAGGCCUGCCGCCCACCCCAUCCUUCCUCGCCAGGCAUUCGUAAUACUGCGCUCCGGCGGCCAAACCCAUGAGCUCUACAUCGACAUCGCCAACAACUGUAUCGCGUCGCAGCACGUGCGCUUGGGAAAUGGCUACCCACUGCUUAACAUGGAGGAGCAGGAUGCUGUGUUAUUGCUACCCUUCAACUACACUCCCUUUGUGGAGUCUGUGAAAAGGAGAGGGGUUGAGCUAAGCGACAUCAUCUGCAGCACAUUCACCAUUGGGUGGUACGGCAAGAAGGAAGGGCGGAGACUGAUCAAGCUGCAGUGCUUUGUGGCUGGCGAAACGCCUAAUAUUUAUAUGAGGCCUCUCGAGGGGAUAACAAUGUUGGCUGAUUUGGAAGCCAUGGAAAUUAUGGAGUACAAGGACCGUUUCAUUGUUCAGGUGCCGGCGGCGUCUGGGACGGACUACAGGGCUUCGAGGCAGAUGCCACCCUAUGGGCCAAGAGGGAAGCAGGUGGUGGUGGCGCAGCCGGAGGGGAAGGGCUUUAUAAUCAAUGGCAACAUAGUCAGAUGGGCAAACUGGGCUUUCCAUGUGGGAUUUGAUACUCGGGCUGGUAUGGUGAUAUCCGAUGCCUCAGUCGCUGUCGAGAAUGGGGAGAGAAACAAAUAUCGUAGCGUUCUCUACAAAGGAUAUGUCUCGGAGGUGCAUGUACCUUAUAUGGACCCAUCGGAGGAGUGGUAUUUCAAAACAUUCUUCGACAAUGGAGAGUACGGGUUCGGGCCACUAUCAUCUUCCCUUGUGCCGAUGAUUGACUGUCCGUCCAACGCCGAGUACAUGGACGGCUAUUAUGCUAAUGGCGAUGGCUACCCGGUGCUGAUUCCUAAGGUCUUCUGCAUCUUUGAACGCUAUGCAGGGGACAUAUCUUGGCGCCAUACAGAAAUGAUGCUUCCAGAAAAGGUGGUCACCGAAGCCAGAGAGGAGGUAAGCUUGGUGGUAAGGUCGGUGGCGACGUCGGGGAAUUACGACUAUGUCUUAGACUGGGAAUUCAAGACCAGCGGCACCAUCAAAGUUUGGGUAGGGUUCACCGGAAUGAUGGAAGUCCGAGCCACAAAUUACACUCAUGCGAAUCAGAUAAGAGGUGAGCAGCAUGGAGAGUUGGUAGCACCCAAUACUAUCGGUGUCUACCAUGACCACUACAUUAGCUAUCAUCUUGACCUCGAUGUCGCCGGCACGGCUAACUCCUUCGUGAAGGCCAACCUCAAAACAGUGACGGUGAAUGGUGGAGAUGCGCCGAGGAAGAGCUAUUGGACUGUCGUCAAAGAGACGGUGACCACUGAGGCCGAUGGUCGCGUGAACUUCAACACAGCGCCGCCAGCAGAGUUGUUUGUUGUGAACCAAGAUGUGAAGACUAAGCUCGGCAACAUGGUUGGCUAUCGCCUCAUCAGCAGUAGUGCGGCAGCUACCUCUCUUUUGAUUGAUGAUGACUACCCGCAAAUUAGAGCAGGUUACACCAAGAAGCAAUUGUGGGUGACGCCAUACAACAAGAAAGAUAAGUGGGUUUCCGGGCUCUAUGCAGAUCAGAGUAGCGGGGAUGAUAACUUGGCAGCUUGGAGCAUGAGGAAUCGAUCCAUCAAAAACACAGAUAUUGUAUUAUGGUAUUCAGUUGGCAUACAUCACAUUCCAAGCCAAGAGGAUUUUCCAUUGUUGCCGAUGUUGACCUGCGGGUUUGAGCUUCGUCCAUUUAACUUCUUCGAGAGAAAUCCGUUGAUCAAGACGCAGCCUUUCAAUAAGGAAUAUCGGGUGAACUAGGUAAAUGCAAGACGAUAUCAGGAUUACCGUUUGAUUGUCGUCGAGUACUUUGAUUAUGUUUGCCGUAGUUUCCACUUCCCAUGUAUGCCAGAGGCUAGAAAUAGUACUUAUGCACUCUCUAGGCAGCUAUUAUAUUUUCAUUUAGUGAAUCUAGUUUCUGUUGGUUGCAAUUA